CCGCUCCCGGGAGGGACGGAAGGGGAGGCCGGGCCCCGCCAUGCCCCGGAAGGCGGCGGCCACACGUGGCGCCAGGGGAGCCAUGGCUAGGGGUUCGGGGCGGCUGGAGCGCGGGCAGGUGCGGAAGGCGGUGGAGGCCCUGCUGGCUUUCUCCAAGAGCAAGGUGAAGGGAGACGCGCUGCUCCUCAACGAGAGCGACAGCCUGCACCUCCUGGUGACCGUGUGGAAGAUCCCGCGGGUGCCGCAGAUCAUCAAAAUACCACUGCCACAUAGCAUCCGAACAGAAACAUGUGAGAUUUGCCUGUUCACAAAGGAUGAACCGAAUUUGUCUGCAGAACAGACUGAAAAUCUUUACAAGAAACUUUUAACCCAGAAUGGGAUCACAAGUGUUAGCCAGGUGAUCUCAUACAAAACUCUCAAAAAAGAGUAUAAACCAUUUGAAGCAAAGCGUCGCCUCCUGAACAGAUUCGAUCUCUUCCUGUCUGAUGACCGAAUUAGAAGGCUUUUGCCUUCACAUUUAGGAAAACACUUCUAUGAAAGGAAAAAGGCACCGUUAUGUGUUAACCUAAAAGCCAACAAUCUUGCUAAAGAGUUUCAAAAACAUAUCCAGGGUACAACACUCCCAGUUACCAACAAAGGGUGCUGUUAUACAACACGUAUAGGUCACACUGGAAUGAAAGCUGGUGAGAUAGUAGAUAACAUCAUUGCAGCAGCUGAAGUGAUUGAUAAGAAGUUACCAAAGAACUGGAAAAACGUGAAAGUUCUUCACCUCAAGACACUUAAAUCAGUUGCACUUCCAAUUUUUACUGCACGUAUCUCCAACUUAAAUGAGCUUGACAGACAGCCAGUUGUCGAUAGAAAGGAAGGAGAGAAAGGGAGGAAGAAGAAGAAGAAAACGAAGAAGGCAGCUAAAAAAGUGAAUUCAAGUCAAGUUACUGUGAAAACAAAAAAUAAGGAUGCUGCUGCAACCCAGGAACUUGUGAUUAAAGAAACAGUAGAAGUAGUCCAAGAACCAGAUGAACAUAAUGAUGAAGAAGAAAUUCCACAACUGGUGCCUAUGCAAAUAACCAGCCUAGCUGAGCUAAAGGAAGUGGAACCAAAUCAGAGUCCAGUAGAAAGUGACAACCUAGGCAAGAAUACAAAAGCAACCCUUGGUAAGAGAAAGAAACAACCUCUAGAUGCUGAGGCUCCAAAAACAAAACGUGCAGACAUGCAGAUGUCACCAAAACAGAGGAAAGCCAAGCAGCUCAGCAUGUCAAAGGAAGCAAUAAAAGAAAAAGAGCUGAAAAAGACUCCCAAAAAGCCUGAAGCAAAGUCUUUUGCAACACCUAAAGCUGGGAAACUAGUACAGUCAGACAAGAAAUCUUCCAAAACACCAAAGCAAACACCCAAGAAAGUGGGCAGGCCACAGUCAGCAUGAUUGUUGUCUAUUGUAACUUUUUAUAUAGUCAUUCAAUUGUGUCUUUUUAGAAAACAAGCAUAUUCAUGGAAUAACAUACCUUGUUAAGAAAAUCUCAUCUUAAGAGCUUUUUUUUUCACUGGCUUGUAAUGAUUCAUUUGUGUUUUCUUCUAAUGGAUGAGCUGGAACAAAUAAAACACAUCAUUUUAA